AUUUAGUAAAGGGGUUUCCCAAAGAUUGUCACCAGCUGGAUAUAGCAAAAAACCAUGUCCACCUUUUUCUCUCUCCUCUGAAAUUCUCUAUUUUCUCUCUCAUCCGAUAUAGCUCAAAUUCAAAAGCUUUUCUUCUAUUAUCACCGCGAUUCCAAUCUGUAUUGUUGGAGCUCUAGAUCAAUUCUGUAAUUGUUUUUAUCUGGGGGUUUAAUUACAGGCUAGAAAGGAAAUCGAGGAGGCGAUUAAUUGGAUUGGAAAAGAGUUUUUUUUUUUUUUUUUUUGUAAAUUAGAGGAAAUGGGGUGUCAAGGGUUUUGGGGUUGUCUGCUGAAGUUGCUGAAUUUUUUGAUGACCCUGGUUGGAUUGGCAAUGGUGGGAUAUGGGAUUUACUUGUUUGUGAUGUACAAGCAAGCGUCACCCGAUUCCGGUCUUCCACCAGUUAGUCCUGAAGAGCCAAUGAUUCAGCUCGGCCGCCCUUUGAUCAUGUCCGUAGCACUUUCCAACAGCGUUUUUGACAAUCUUCCAAAAGCUUGGUUCAUAUACUUGUUUAUUGGUGUCGGAGCUCUUCUUUUUGUCAUAUCAUGUUGCGGUUGCAUAGGUGCUUCUACGAAGAACGGAUGCUGUCUCUCUACUUAUGCUGUGUUCAUAAUUUUGUUGAUUAUGUUGGAGCUUGGAUGUGCAGCCUUCAUAUUUUUCGACAAAGACUGGGAUGAUAAAAUCCCCACUGACAAAACUGGGAACUUUGACAUCAUCAAUGACUUCCUUGACGAUCACUGGUCCAUUGCCAAAUGGGUACUUCUUGGAGUAGUUAUUUUGGAGGCAGCAUUGUUCUUGUUAACUGUCAUUGUUAGAUCAAUGAACAGGCCUGCUGAUUACGAUAGUGAUGAGGAAUUCAUCAACCCAAGGCAGUCGGCGAAACAGCCUCUUAUUAACAGACCACCUCCUGCAACAGGUGUACCCGUGACUGGUUCCGCUGAUCAGAGACCCGGGAGAAAUGAUGCUUGGAGUGCACGUAUGAGGGAAAAGUAUGGCCUUGAUACUUCAGAGUUCACUUACAACCCGACUGAGUCAGGCCGGUACCAGCAGCCAGCUGCACAGCCACAAGCAGAAGGCGGACGCUGCACCAUCAUGUAAAGAACCGAAGCAUUGUUCUCUGUUGCUGAACAAGUCGGACAUAUCACGUAAAUUGAGAUCCUUCAAGAAUGGUGUGAGAAAAAGCUCCCAUUUGUAUAAGGGCAAAGUCAUCUUGACAAGUUUGGUGUGUAAAAUUCACAUUUUCAGGUGUUUUUUUUUGUCCCCUCAUCUGAUUUGACCUAGACUCGGUUUUUUUUUUCCAGUAUAGUCCAUUUGUGUAAAACAUGCACAUAGUUUGUGUUAUUGUCCAUGUUUGAGUCUUCUAAUCCUCCACUAAACAUGAAAAUUGUACUUCGUGUUAGUUUACUUUUUUGCAAUUCUGUUGUUGCUUCUUAUCUA